AUGGAAACGGUAGUCAACACCAGGAGCGACCCCCCCCCAGAUGAGAUGCCCAGCUUGCAGGGCAGCCAGGUCUUCCAGGUACUGCCCGAGCCAGGCCCGCCACCCAGUGCCCAGUAUCUGCCACAGACGCCCCGCCAAGGGGGCCCAGUCAGCACGAGGGCAGAAAUGGCGGCUGGGCAGCCGCCUCCUCAGGGGCAGCCGCCACCACAGCCGCCGCCGCAGCAGCAGCAACAGCAGCACAUCAAGUGCGUGGUAUGCGGAGGCAAGUCAAGCGGCAAGCACUAUGGCCAGUUCACAUGCCAGGCCUGCAAGAGCUUCUUCAAGCGCAGUGUGGGGAAGAGCCUGAACUUCAAAUGUCACGCCAACAAAGACUGUUGCAUUGACCAGCACCACCGCAACCACUGUCAGUACUGCCGCUUCAAAAAGUGCAUCGACGUGGGUAUGAAAAUAGCAGCAGUGUACAAGAACAGGAAACCGCCCGCCCGGCCAACCCAUGGGCAGUUAGUGUUGAGCAACGGGGAAUCCCUCAGCUUGCACUCUAACCUGUCUGGAUAUAUUUCUCUGCUGCUCGACGCCGAGCCCUAUACCCUGUUCGGGUCAGGCAGCCAGUGCAUACAGCCCAACAAAAUCUUGACCCUCGAGAACGUUGGCGAACAGGCUGCCCGGGUGCUCUUCGGCGCCAUUGAAUGGUCCCGGAAGAUCCCCUUCUUCCCUGACCUGCCCAUGAAUGACCAAGUGGCUCUGCUUUGCCUCACCUGGUGUGACCUGUUCAUGCUCAACUGGGCACGGUGCUCCAUGCCCCUCCAUGUCAUCCCGUUCCUGGCUGCCACCAGCUUACACAUGUCGCCAGCAUCCUCCGACGAGAUGGCCAUCUUUAUGGACCACCUACAGAUUUUCCAAGAGCAAAUGGAGAAGUUCAAAGCUCUGCACGUCGAUCCCGCUGAAUACAGCUGUCUCAAAGCCAUAGCCCUGUUCACUUCAGAUGCCGUUGGUCUCUCUAAUGUAGCCAAUGUGGAAAGCUUUCAGGAAAGGUCCCAGUGUGCUUUGGAGCAAUACGUUAAGCGCCAGUACUCCACCCAACCGAUACGAUUUGGAAAGCUUUUGCUUCGCCUCCCUUCCCUCCGCACAGUCUCCUCCUCAGUGAUAGAGCAAUUAUUUUUCACCCGUUUGGUAGGUAAAACCUCCAUCAAAGCUCUCAUCCAGGAUAUGUUACUGUCAGACAACAGCGAUAACUAGCCGUAUAAGGCAAUUCAAAAAAUAAAUCAAAAUAAGAAGGGGGACUGAAACAGAGAGAAAAGGCGAAAGACUGGUUUGUUUGCUUGAAUUCCUUCUGUUAAAGGAUAUAUGUUACAAGUUUGCUAAAAGAAG